AUGAGUUUGUCCACCUCCACCACCACCACCAUCUCUACUACCACCAACUCUUCCAUUCCUUCCUCUUUCCCACCCUUUCCCACCAAUCCAAUCCCCUCGGUAUAUGCAAUAGCAACAUGGCCUAUCUCUGAUCAAUAACAAUUUCUACUCUUGAACCAAUCCACAUCAACUGCGUAAGCCAGAAUCUUCAAGGGUCACCCCAUCGAGAGAUACUACUGCAUGUCUGGAGGGGCUCGGGUUAAACGUGAGAGGAUGGAAAGGGUGGAUUGGAGGAGGCUGAUAAUAAUGGACUAGUAAGGAAAGGGGCAAGAGAGCAAAAUAUCAGCCUAUCUCUUCCUUCUUGACGCGGGGUCAUUGAUAAGUAGGCAAGGAAGUUCGGGGAUAUGACAAUUUUCCUAUUCCCCCUCCUCAAUGCUAGUCCUCUCUAGGUGGUUUGGGCCAACUGGCCGUGUAUAAAAGGAAGCUUGAGACCCUUCUCGAAAGAGUCUCUUUCUUCUUCCUUUUAAUCCAUUUUCAAAUCCAAUCUCAACUCUACACCGCUUCAUCCAAACAACUUUACCUUGUCUAACAAACAAGACGUCUCAUACUCAUUGACCCUUACAUUAUUGUCUGUGCUUGACCAUUCUAUCAUAUCACUAUCAAGAUAUUACAAUUGCAUCUUUCCUAUUGCUCGCAUUGCAUAGCAAUUCAUAUCGAAAACAAUUCAUUCAUCUAUUUGAAGUUCUUUGUUGUUGUUUACAAAAUUUUAACUUCACUCUAAUCAUACGCUAUUACAUCAUGGCCUACCAAGCAAGCUACUACCAAACCACCUCCCUCCCCAUUCCCGUUCCUACAAAAUCUCAACAAGUUUCCUAUUACACUCCACAAAAUACAACUUAUGGUGUCUCGCCACCAGAAGCUCCAGAAUCUGUUACCACAGGUUUAGGCAUGACGCCUGCAUACGGGCAUUCCACUUACUCUGCUACCUCCAGUAGUUAUGCUGGGAGUGCGAGUGGUGAAUAUGAUAGCACCGCUUCUGCCAAUGGUGUCGAUUUGCAAGAAUAUAUGCAAGAUCGAUUUUCUGGCGCAUUUGAUCCUCUUCCUUUAGAUCGCACUCUGGCAGUCCAAGCACAAACAUCUGGUUUGUUGAACGCAAAACAUAGAGAAAUCAUGGAUUUGCAAGCAUUGGCACAACAACGUCUUGCGAAAACUAGAGCGAGAUUGCAAGAAGGUUAUCAAGAUGCCAAGGAGGUGAAGACGAAUUUAGAGUGGACUCAACAUCGAAUGGGAGCCAUGAAAACCAAAGUCUCAAAACGACACCCCAGAGAAUACGCACAAGCUCGCGAGCGUUACCCAUCUCCAGAGUACUAAAGCAGAUUUCUUCAAACUGCCUAUUUCCUACUUCUAUUCAUCGCUUACGAAAAAAAAGCCCCCUUUUUCUUUUCCUUGGUAUCGUUCAUGUUAGCCGCAACCAUUGAAUUAUUAUCUGCGCUGCUUUUAUUUUCACACAAAGCGGAACUCCAAAGCAUUUUCUAACGAAGUAACGACGAUUAUGAUUGGGUGGAGCGCUUGUACCCAGUGCGGGGAUGGAGCAGCGCCGGUUGAACAUGCUCUUUAGUGCUUGCAGCUGGUAAGAGACGCCAGGGCUGCAGUAGUUCCCGUUUAUGCAUGGUUCUGCGGGCCCCUGGGAACCAGGUUCUGCAGCUGUGGAGCUGUAUGUGGUGUGGUUGGAAUGAGAUAGUAUGAAAUGGUGUGAGACUGAGACCUUAGGAUUGAGGUGGAGGGCUUGUUUGUAGAUUGAUUGGACUGUAUUUUUCAUGGCGGCGCGAGGUUGGUUUGACUACAGGCGUGAGGGGUGGGUGGGAUUUUGUAAGGCAAAAUGCAAUGGCGUGGGGCUAUCAAGUAAUUUGGGUGGUUUCUGGAGUUGGAACUGAACUGGAGAUGAAUAUGGAGUUGGUAAAUACAAGGACUUUUCAAAUAUAUGCAAAUGCUUGUAUGUGAGUGGUUGAUGUGUGUAAAUUGUGACCUGAAUAGGUAUAGACGAUGGGCUGAGAGGGGUAGAUAUGGGUCCCUUUUGCCUCUGAGACACAUCAUGCGUCUUCCUCCCGCCUGAAACCCCACUUGCCCAUCUGCAUGCCCUUCUACGGACUAGGGGAUGAGAAUCGACCUUAAUUCAGAUGUCCUUAUCAAGCUAAUGACAUAAUCAGGUCUCCCGCUGACCUCUCUAUUUCUCGACUAGGAGCUGAUAGUCAAGCCCUCUCAUCCUCCUAGGCUUAGUAUAUUCCUGGUACUUCCUCCGUAAUGCAAGGCUAACAACAGUCUUUCCCUAUGUCAUACGCCAGCUCUUUAAGCGCAAACCUCAAGGAGUCCGUACGUUCCAAGUAAACAGCCUGUAUGCCCGCUCAUCUCAUACUCAUUAGCCCAAGCAUAUCGUCACCAUUCGCACUAGAAUAACCAUUCAACCCACAUUCCCAAGGUCAGCACCAACAGCGAGACUUUUUUUUUUCAUGACAGACC